AUGUCCCACAAUGUCAGUGCUUUUGCAUCGUUGAGAUUAAUUAAGUCCGAAGCCGAUGUUAAUACUUUGAUUUAUCAACAGUAUUCCUCUGAUGAAGAGAUAAACGAUGAUAGCAGCCAAUCUGAUGAUUCUGGAAGUGAUUUUGAAUUCCCAGUCACUGAUGAGUCAGGUCCCUUAGCUGUGAUUGAUAGCACUAUUAUUCAAAAUAAAGAUGAAAAUUUAAGCCAGCUGAAUGAAUCAAAACCAGUCAAGGUCUCAAAAUCACCGAAAUCUCUAAAAUCAAAUAGACCAUUGUUGAAAAGUAUCAAUUAUAUCGACAACAAUGAUGAUUCCAUUGCUUUAUCUAAUUAUAUUCCCAAUGGCGAUAAUGUGAUAUUUGAGGAUGAUUCUGUAACAAUUGCUUUAAAAGUUGGCCAAUCUAUAAUCUUUAAAGGUCAGUUUUCGUUGAUCGUUCUCAAAGGUGCAAUAACUGUUAAUAAUAUUAUUUAUGAUUCCUCUCCUAAUAAAGUAUAUGAUAUUUAUCAACCAAUCUCUAACUCUCUCUCUAUAAUUUACUCAGCUCAAGGCUCUAAUAAAUCAAAUGCUAUUGUUGAUAUGCCAACUGAUAAUUAUCACUUUUUCAAUGCUUCUAAGUUCGUCACGAUCAUUAAAGUAAAAAAUCUAUUUACAGGUCUAGAAACUUCUAAUGAAUUUCUAUUUCCAUUUAUGAAUGACAUAUUUUACUCUCCUAGUUUUCUAUUAAAAUCGUUCAAAAAUUACAGUAAUAGUAAUAAUAGUAGCGAUAAAAACAACAAUGGAUCUGAUAACAGCGAAUUCAACUUGAUUAAUAACAAUCCCUUUUUGAAAUCUUUUUUGGGCUACUCAUUUAUUCCAAUUUUAUAUUCAUGGCAAUCCAAAAGAUCCUCUUCAAAUUAUUUAUCAACUAUUUCAAUAUCUAAUUCAAUGUUGGACUCGAUUAAUAGUUUGACCAAUUUUUACAAUCAAAUCAAUUUUAUCAGUAUUGUUCCAAAAGUUUUAGUAAUUGGCUCAAAAAACUCCGGUAAAUCAACUUUUCUAUUGAAUUUACUCAACCAUUUCUUGCAUUCAGAGAUUUCAAUUUCAACUGAGAAUCCCGUAUCAAUUCUAGAUAUUGAUCCAGGCCAGCCCAUUUUCUCUUACAUAGACUCAUUAUCUUAUUCAACACAUCACUCUCCUAUAAUUGGCUUAUCUAAUCUAUCAUAUAAUUUGAGCGAUGAUUUACUGUUGAAAAAUGAGUAUUUUGGCUUUAAUUCCCCUCUAGACAACCUUUCUAGAUACUAUUAUCUAAUUAAAAAUUUAUUUGAUUAUUACAAUAAAGAACAUUACAAUCUUGAUAUACCUUUAUUAAUAAAUACCCCAGGCUAUAUUAAAGGCUAUGGCUUCGAAAUUUUAAAUAAAAUUGUCAGUAUAAUCAAUCCAACUCACAUCGUUUAUUUUUCAAAUGAAUCUGGCAAGAAUGAGGGAAACUAUGAAUUGGAAGAGUUUUUUAAGGAAAAUUGUACUGAAAACCAUGAUAAACAGGAAAAACAGGUAACCGACCACAGAGGCUUAAGCUCAAUAAACAUUCCAAAUCUGUCUAGGAUCUUGAGAGUAAAUGGUAUCUUUUUAAGUUCCAAUAAUAAAUGCAAAAUAACUUCAACACAAUAUCGAACAUUUAAAUUAGCAUCUUAUUUUCAUAAAAUCAAGGAAAAAAGCUUCAAUUUUGAGCCAUUGAUUUUUAAUUCACCAUACAAAAUAUCCUAUUAUUCCGAUUUUUCCAAAAGCAUAAAUCAAUUCCAGGGUAUUUUCGGCUAUAGCCUAUUAAAUGAUUUUGGAAUUAAUGUUGAAGAAAACUGUUCCAACUUGAUUUUAGAUGGUUCAGUUUCAAGCAUCUAUUGUGUGUCAAACCAAUCUAUAACUGAUAGUUUUAACUAUUUUAUCAAAAAAAAAAAUGAGCCAAUUAAUAUUCCUUCAUCAUUUUUCCAACUGGAUUCCCACGAUUUGAGUACAGUCCUGUUUUUAGGGCUAGCUGCUGUUCAUUCAAUAAACAUUGAAAAAAAGUACAUUAAUAUAUAUAUGCCUAAUGAAUUAAUUGAAAGAAUAAAGUGCAUUUCAGAAGAAAAGAAAUUCCAGUUUGUAUUGAUAAAAGGUAGAACUGAAUUAUCUUCUCAUGAAAUUUGUCCAAGAAUUUUAAUAGAUAAGAGAAAUCAAGAAUUAGAAAACAAAAAAGUAUCCAGCAUUCCAUUUAUCAGCUGGGAUACAAACCCAGGAAAGGGAGGAAAAAUAUGGAAACCUAGAAAGAAUGUUCAAAGAAGAGGACAGUCAUAA